AUGCGGGAUAAAGUACGGAAGCUGGUGGCUUCUGGCCGAUUGGAGUUCAUGAGUACUGGGCAUGCUGCACACCCCCAUGGCGGGAUGUUGAAGAACCCUCAUUUGACAUGUCAUCCCCCCCUCCUCCCCCUCCUACAACCCCCACUCCCGUGUCUACCCUUCCCCCCACUUCCCCCUCCCUCCCCCUCCUUUCCUUCCCCUUCUUCUCUCAUACACAUAUCUUCUAUGUUUCUUCCAUGUGCUAUGCUGUGCAGCAACGGCGGGUGGGUGAUGCAUGACGAGGCGUGUGCACAUUACACGGACAUGGUGCAUCAGAUGGCCAUGGGGCACCGCUUCCUCAUGGCGACAUUCAACGUCACCCCGCGCAUCGCCUGGCAGAUCGACCCCUUCGGCCACUCUGCUACUCAAGCCAGCCUCAUCACUGCUCAGGCGGGGUUGGAAGCCGUGUUCAUGGGGAGGGUGGACCAGCAGGAAAAGGAGUCUCGUUUGGCCGCCAAAACAAUGGAGUUUGUGUGGCGGGCAGACGGGGCGACGCAGAGAGAAAACCAGGUGCUGGGAAUGGUAUCCUAUGAUGGUUACUACUCGCCCUCACAGUUCCGCUACCAGGACUCAGACGAUCCUUCUUACCGCAUUCAGGUACUCCCUCGCUCUCUCUGCUGCUCUGCACUCGCCCCUCUGCUGCAACGCACUUGCCCCUCUGCUGCAACGCACUUGCCCCUCUGCUGCAACGCACUUGCCCCUCUGCUGCAACGCACUUGCCCCUCUGCUGCAACGCACUUGCCCCUCUGCUGCUCUGCACUUGCCUCUCUGCUGCACAGCAAGCUUCAUGACAAUCCCUAUGGGGGUUCGCCCAACGUGCAGCGCCUGGUGGACGAGUUCGUAGCGGAAGUGACCAAGAGGGCGGAGGGCUUUAAGACGAAUCACCUGCUGUUCCCCAUGGGCGAGGACUUUGCGUUUGACCGCGCCAUCUUGUGGUUCAAGAACAUGGACAAGCUCAUUCACUACGUCAACCUGGACGGGAGGGUGAACGCGCUCUAUUCCACGCCAUCCAUGUAUCUGGACGCACUCCACUCUGCCAAUGCCACGUGGCCUCUCAAGACUGGUGACAUGUUCCCCUAUCAGGACGAUGGGCCCUACUGUUCGGGCUACUUCAGAGGAGAAACCAUUGUCCGCAUAUGUUCUCGCGUUCCCCCCUCGUCCCCAUUCCCCUCCCUCCCUUCCGCCCACCCUCUCCCUCCCCUCCGCCCAUGCGCCCCUCGCCCCAGCUACCAGGACGACGGGCCCUACUGCUACCAGGACGACGGGCCCUACUGGUCCGGCUACUUCAGCAGCCGCCCCUCUCUGAAGCUCCUCGCGCGCUCCUGCAGCGCCCUGCUGCUGGCCACCACAGCAGCAGAGGCAGCAGUGGGGAAGGAAGCGCUACAGGCAUGGGGCAUGGCGACGGGGCGCAUGAUGGUACUGGAGCACCUUGUGCUCGACACACACAUGGGCAAGACGACCAGAGACAGCCAGAAGGAGGAGAAGCAGGCGGAUGGGGGGGAGAGUGCGGGAGGGGUGGAGCGGAUGAGGGUGGGGUGGGAGGGCGAGCGGCGGGUGCGAGUGGCGAGCUCGUUCCGGUUGGAGGAGGCGGUGGCAGUGCAUGGGCUAGAGGAGGCGGUGGCGGUGGUGCAGCACCAUGAUGGGAUCACAGGCACGGCGCAGCAGCAUGUUACCGAUGACUACUCUGCUCUGCUGCACCGCAUUGCUGAGGAGGCAUCAGCCGUGCUGACAGCAGCACUGGCGCACCUCAUCACGCGAGGGACCCUCCCCCCAUCCCCAUCCGUACCUCCAUCCAACCUCUCCUCCAACCUGUCCUCACGGGCAGCAGCAGCCGUGGAGUUCACAUUUAGGGAGGACAGUGUCGAGCAGCGCGGGUGGGGGUUCUGGAACCAGUUAGCAGAUGGGGCGGAGGAGGGGGACGAGGAGGAUGAGGAAGAUGAGGGGGACGAAGAGGGUAAGGCACGCAACAAAAUCGACAGGAUGAAUGAGUUAUUGUAUGAGGCGGAUAGAGCAGGUGCGGCGGAUGACGAAGAUGAGGGGGAUGAGGAGGCGGGCGAGGGAGAUGGUGGGAAGCAUGCUGCAAGGUCCCGUGCAAAGAAGAAAGUCCCUCACGUGACGGAGGAGGCAAUAUUUGAGUCGACUCAGAAAAAUUCCCGUGUGGAAAAGAGGGUUCCUGACAAGGAGGAGGAGGAGGAGGAGAGAACAAGCGACCCCAAUGAGGUGUUUGACCCUCAGUCGUUGCAGCCAGCUGACCCUCAAGCGGUCCAGAAUGGUGCUGCUGGCCGUGCUGCUGACGGCACACGGGCUGAGGAGAGGAGGGUGCAGGAGGUGGAGGAGGGGCAAUGCCCUCUGCUCAACAUCUCCUAUUGCCCUCCAACCGAAACACCCCUGCAGCCAGAUCAGACCCUGGCACCUUUGAGAACUCCCAAGGCACCUUUGAGAAUUCCCAAGGCACCUUUGAGAACUCCCAAGGUACCAUUGGGAAUUCCCAAGGCACCUCAUCCAUAUCAUAUCGGCCCACACGUCUCCACCUUUCUCAUCCAUCCAUACCCAUCGGGCCAUCCCACAGGUGGUGGUGGCCUUCAACCCUCUUAUGAGGUGGUGGUGGCCUUCAACCCUCUCGCGUGGUCCCGCUCUGAAGUGAUUCGAUUCCCGGUGUCAUCCCCCUACCUUCUAGUCACUGAUGCCUCUGGCGCCCCCAUCCCCUCUCAAAAACUUCAAGAGACCCUCCUCUCCCCUCCCUCUGUUCCCCCCGUGUCAUCCCCCAAUCUGCUAGUCGCCGACGCCUCUGGCGCCCCCAUCCCCUCUCAAAUAAUCAGGGAGACGCUCGUCACCCCCGCCACCCGCUCCACCUACAUUGCUGCUUACACUGGCGUGGGGGAAAUAGUAGGAGAGGUGGAGGGGGAGGAGGAAGGGGUGGAGGGGGGGGAAGGAGGGGAGGAGGGAGCGGAGGAGGGGGAGGAGGGGGAUGAGGAGGAGGGCGGGGAGGGGGAGGAGGAGGAGGAGUGGGUGGAUUAUGGGGAUGGGCGAGGGCCGCAGCCGAGCCAUAAGCCGAAAAGGAAGCAUCGGGAGAGGCAGACGAAGGAGGAGACGGGGGGAGAGCAGAAGGAGGGAGAGCAGAAGGAGGGAGAGCAGAAGGAGGGAGAGCAGAAGGAGGGGGAGCAGCGGGAGGGAGAGCAGGAGGGAGAGCAGCAGCAGCAGCAGCAGCAGCAGCAGCAGCAGCAGCAGGCAGUGCUGUCGCUUGUGUUUUAUGCAGAGGUGCCUCCUCUUGGAUUCGCCACCUUCUUUGUCUCGCCAGCAACCCAAGGCGUGGGGGCCACUCGUGGUAGCGGUGCUGCUGGUGCUGGCACGGACGGUGGGGAGCGGGCUGCGUUGCGUGUCUCGUUCUCCAAGUCAGCGGUGGGCAUGCAGCGGAUGGAGCUGGUCUCUCGGAGUGCCAAUGGCACGGAGGAGGUUGUGCGCAUGGGCAUGGCAGUGAGUGCCAGCAUGAUGGAGUAUGCCACAUUCGCCGGCGGCGCAUACAUCUUCCAACCCUCCAAGCCAGCCAUGCCCAUCACCUCCACCAACGCCACCUACCAGGUGCCCAUUCACAUCCAGCGUGGACCAAUCGUGGAGGAGUUCAGCCGCCAGAUCACUCCAUGGAUCUCUGAGGUCUUCAGAGUGUAUCCAGGGGGGGACUACGCUGAGCUGCACUAUUCCGUGGGUCCGCUGCCCGCCAAGCAACCCAACCACGAGGUGGUGACUCGCUUCGUGUCGCCCAUCAACAGCAGCAAGGCCUUCUACUCCGACUCCAAUGGCCGCAGCUACCUCAAGCGGGUGGUGGACUACCGGUCUGACUGGGACCUCAAUGUCACCGACCCCAUCGCAGGGAACUACUACCCGCUUACGGUCGGGGCUUUCAUAAAGGACAAAGAAGCCCAGUUGUCCGUGCUUGUGGACCGGGCGGCAGGCGCUGCCAGCCUGGCAUCCGGCCAGAUAGAGGUCAUGCUACACAGGAAGCUGAGUUCGCUGGAUGGCAAGGGCGUGGGGGAACCGCUGCAGGAGAGAAUCGCACUGGGAAACAGGACCCGCUCCCUCACCGUUGUGGGCUCGCUGCGCUUUGGGCUGCAUCUUAACACAGGCUCUGAAGAAAGAGCAGGGGAGCAUGAAGGGGAGCAAGGGGAAGAGCGUGUGGGGUUGGGACAGGGAAGCGAGUGGAGGAGGCAGCACGCACAGCACCUCCUAACCCCUCUGCAGCUCUCGUUUGCGGUUGAAACUCAGCAGUCCAUCAGGGCAGCACAAGGCAGCUACACGUGGCACUACUCCCUCUCCCAGCCAUCAUCCACAUCAGCAUCCUCCACGUCAUCCAGCAAGCCUAACAGUGCUUCAUCCUACUCGGUUCCUCCCAAUGUUGCUGUCAUCACGAUGCAGGAGCUCUCACCAAGCACGGUUGUCUUGAGACUAGCUCACCUGUAUCAACCCGGGGAGCAUGCUGCCUGGUCGCGUCCAGCUCAAGUGGACCUCCGAAGAUUGUUUGCAGCAAAACAG